AUGAAUCAAGCACCUCCUACAGACCCCAAGACCAGUCCGCGUGCAAAUGCUGCGCUUAUUUCACUCGUCCGCAAUUCCGAACUCGAUGGCAUUAUAUCGUCGAUGAGGUACAUGGAGAAGUCUUUUAAUGCGAAAUUUCAGUAUCCAUGGAUCUUCUUCAAUGAUGUCCCGUUCACGACGGAAUUUAAGGAGAAGACACAGGCGGAGACUAACGCGCCAUGUACAUAUGAACUCAUACCGAGAGAACAUUGGGAUGUGCCCGAAUGGAUCGAUCAAGCGCGCAUGGAGGAAGCAUUCCUACAAAUGGCCAGUGACGGGGUCCAACAUGCCACUCAACUGAGUUACCAUAAAAUGUGCCGAUGGUACUCUGGCUUCUUUUUUCGCCAUCCUGCAUUAGACAAAUAUAAGUAUUAUUGGCGCGUCGAACCCGAUGUCAAGUUUUUCUGCGAUAUCGAAUACGACGUAUUUCAAUUCAUGGCUGAAAAUAACAAAACCUAUGGCUUCACUAUCAACAUUUACGAUGACCCCAAAUCCAUCCCCACUCUCUGGCCAACAACUACGGACUUCCUCGAGUCACACCCAGAGUAUGCUCUCGGCAGCCACGAGAAUUCCUACCACUGGCUCACAGACUCGGAUGCGCGGCCUGCCAUCACGAAAAUCGCUAAUGGCUACAGCACAUGUCAUUUCUGGAGCAACUUCGAGGUUGGCGACUUGGAUUUCUGGCGCUCCAAAACCUACACCGAUUAUUUUAACCACCUCGACCAAACGGGAAAUUUCUUCUAUGAGCGAUGGGGCGACGCACCUGUGCACAGCGUUGCGCUGGGGCUUUUCGCGCCCAACGAGCAGAUACACUGGUUCCGGGAUAUUGGAUACCAGCACAGUGUGUUUAGCAAUUGCCCCGAUAGCGACAAGUGUCAUGGCUGCCAGGCGAAUAAACUGACGCCGCUUGCAUACUGGUUGAAUGGCGAGGAUUGCCGUGUCAAUUGGUUCAAGCAGGUUUGCGAGGUUAGCCGCAACAAGAGCGAGGUCAACGAGGAAACGUGUGGACUGCAUGGAUUCGCAUGA